ACUUGUUUAUGAAUACUCGACCUGAUCAAGCUUUGAAGAUGUUAAGAGCUUGUUUUAAGGCUUCUAAUGGGUUUAGAGAUCCGAAUUCUUUGGGGUUUAAUCCAAAGGUUGGGGUUCCUGGUUUAGGACUUUGGUCUGGUUUGAAAUUAUUAGAGAUUUAUGAGAAUGGGAUGGCCGGUGAUGGGGGUGAUGAUUGUGAGGAUAUCAUUCGGCAACAGAUUGAGUUGAAUCGAGAUCAUGAGAUUAGUUUGAAAUCGAUUCCUUAUCUUUGAAAACACUCUUUAAAUCAACAUUAUCAUCAAUAUCAACAAUCAACAUCAAUAUCAAAUUUAACAUCAACAUCAAUUUAAAUCAAGGUCAAUUUAAAUCAAGGUCAAUUUAAAUUAAAUUAAAUCACUUUAAAUCACUUUACAAACCAGAACAUUGUAAUCUUAUUUAUGUAUUACUUAACUUUUGUUUAUAUCAUUUAUUUAUUUAUUAUUUUUGUUCUUAAGUUGGAUUUAGAUUUAGAUUUUUCUGGGGGGUGGAUUUCUUUUGUAUGAAUCAUGGUUUUUCAUGGUUUUCAUAUAACCAAGAUGAAAUGAUGCUGAGCUUAA